AUGCUUGGAAUUGGUAAGAGAGUGGGGAGUUCUAGAAUCCUUUCCACAAGUUCUAUAUUGCUAAAACGAACGUUAUUUGCUUCUCAUAAAUCUCAUAAUGUUAGUAAAUUGCCAAAUAAAGAAAAGACAUUAGCGAAGUUCAACUUCCCCGUUGCAACUUGUACCAUAAGAGAUAUUAAUCAAGAUAUAGAUGAAAUAUUGAGAAAUGAAACCGCCAACAUUACUUUGAACGGCCAUAUCCAUAAGAAACCGAGAAUCAUGGCAACUAGAAGUUUUGCGGAACUUAGAGAUUCCAACGGGGACAUAACUCAGAUCUUAUUGUCGCCCGAGCAUACUCCAACGAAAUUUUUUGAAUUGUUAAAAGAAACUACUGCAGAAGAUUCUGUUAGCGUGAGUGGUACUGUUCAAUUAAAGCAGGUGAAGGCAGGAGACGAAUGCAAGAAAUGGGAGCUCGUAGUUCACAAUUAUCAAAUAUUGAAUCAUUCGAAUUUGGAUGCUGCGAGACUCGAUAAGUUGAAGCAUUCGUCGCCAAAAGACUUACCACCGCAAUUCAGGUACUUACAGUUGAGAACUCCGUUCUACCAGAAUGCUUUGAGGGUUAGAAGCAAGGUUGCAAACUUAGUCCGAAAUAUAUUUGUGGAAAAACAUGAUUUUGUAGAAAUUGAGACUCCGCUUUUAUUUAAAUCAACACCUGAGGGAGCAAGAGAGUUCUUAGUUCCUACAAGACUGCACGAUAAAUUCUAUGCUUUACCACAAUCUCCCCAGCAAUAUAAACAGAUCCUUAUGAGUUCUGGAUUCACUCGUUAUUUCCAGAUAGCAAAGUGCUUCAGAGAUGAAGAUUUGAGAGCUGAUAGACAACCUGAAUUUACUCAAAUAGAUAUGGAAAUGAGUUAUAUUAAUAAUAGUGAUCAGGUAGGCCUUGUUGUAGAAGACCUUAUACAUAAUAUUUGGAACAAAGUAGCUAAUGUACCAACGUACAGAGUGAACUCCGAUGAUCUUUUAGAGAAAAUCAAUUUUGAGGAUAGAGAUACAUUGGCUUUUUCCAAAAUGAACUACAUCGAUGCUUUAAGCAACUAUGGUAUAGACAAACCUGAUUUAAGGUCAAGCUUGAAGUUCAAGAAUAUUUCAACAUUUUUUCUGCCAAUUAAAAGUAAAGAGAACUUUCCUGUUUUAGAGGUUUGUAUUUUAAAAGGUGCUCUUGAAUCAUCUAAAAAGUCUAAAGUUCCCAGUGUGUUGACAGAUGCUAAUAAUUAUUCAAAACGUAAGCCUAUAGUUUUGGGUAUCAAAUCCAAACAAGAUGCGCAAAGUUGGUAUCAAAAGUUUGUAGAUAAGAAUGUGAUCCAAAAAACUGCUACGUUUGAUGAAAACGAACUACACAGAUAUCUUGGUUUAGAGGUAGGAGAUAUUCUAGCCAUAUCUACUAGAUCUGAAUUACCUUACGAAAAUCCUACUCCUUUAGGAAAAUUUAGACAAUUAGCAAUUGCACAAUAUCCAAGUAAAUGGAAACGAAAAAUAUUGGACAGAACAACAGGAGAUAUUUUUGAAAACUAUACUACUGACGAAAUAUUUGUUGGUUCAUGGGUUGUUGACUUCCCGUUAUUUAAUCCUGUCGAAAUUUCCGAAAAUAAAAACGAAGAAUUUCCAGAGUAUGAUUUUACAAAAUUCGAAUCAACUCACCAUCCCUUUACCAUGGCUAAACUUGAAGAUUAUGAUUUAUUAGAAUCAGAUCCCCUAAAAGUAAGAGGAGAACAUUAUGAUUUGGUUAUUAAUGGGGUCGAAGUAGGAGGGGGUUCAAGAAGAAUCCACGAUCCACAGUUACAAAAAUACAUUUUUGAGAACGUUUUAAAAAUUCAGAACUACAAUGAUUUAUUCGGUCAUCUAUUACAUGCAUUGAGUAUGGGAUGUCCUCCCCAUGCUGGUUUAGCAUUAGGAUUCGAUAGGUUAUGUACAAUGUUAAUUGGUAGUACAAGCAUUAGAGAUGUUAUUGCAUUUCCCAAAAAUCAAUCGGGGAUUGAUACAGUUGUUGAUUCUCCAAGCCAUGUUAAUGAAAAGACUUUGAAUGAAUAUCAUAUUACUACAAUUGUGAAUGAAGAUGUAAAUAGAAACACGCGCAUGUAA